AUGUCUAAUAUUGAAAAGAGGUGUUUGACUAACGAGAAAGGUACACAACAUUUCAAACAACACGACGCCACAAACUAUGAGUUCAACGAAGAGACAUGUAAGUUGACUGUCUUCAUCCGUGAGACCUGUGAGGUUGGGUUCAGAGACUCAUCGGUCCUGCGGUUUUCAACUACGGUAACUGGUUACUUAGAGAAAGGGAAGCUAGCUGAAGUAGAAGGCUUGAAAGAUGCAUCAAAGGUUUAUUUCACGGCUGAGAUGAAGAAAAGCAGGAGCAGAGAUGUUUAUGAGGUGAAACGUCCCAGUAAUGUUGGAAACGUUGGGUACUUGAGAGAGUUUUGUCGCGAUAUUAGCCUCUUGGCGAGAGAAGAAAUAUAA